UCCGGAAACCUGGCCGCUCCCUCCGCGCUGCCUGCCCAUCCGGGCCUGCGCCCGCCGCCGCCGGGCAGCGCGGGGGGUCCCUCGCGGCCGCCCGACCUCCGCUGUGACACAGGAAAUAAAAUAAUGCUAAUGAAGCAACCAUUUCCUUGAAGUUCAGGUUUUCAGACUCACUGCCAUUAUGGAUGAGCAGCAAGCUUUGAAUUCAAUCAUGCAGGAUUUGGCUGUGCUUCAUAAGGCCAGUCGUCCUGUAUUGCCCCAGCAAGAAACAGGAAAACCAAAGUCAUCUUCACCUAAAAACCAGAAUGAUGUUAGAGUCAAAUUUGAACAUCGAGGUGAAAAAAGGAUCCUGCAGUUACCAAGGCCUGUUAAACUUGAAGAUCUUGCAGCUAAAGCUAAAGUUGCUUUUGGACAGACUAUGGAUUUACAUUACAGCAAUAAUGAGCUUGUAAUUCCAUUAACCACACAGGAUGACCUGGACAAAGCUGUUGAAUUGCUUGACCGUAGUGUUCAUAUGAAGAGUCUCAAGAUACUGCUUGUAAUACAUGGAAAUACGCAAUCACCCGGUGUAAAUAACAUGGAACCCUUGCCCUCACUGGAAGAUUUAGAUAAUACAGUGUUUGGUGUGACAGAUAGAAAAAGGCGACUGUCUGUAAUAGGUUCUAAUACUCGUGACAGGAGUUCACCUCCCCCAGGAUACAUUCCAGAUGAGCUUCAUCAAGUGGCCCGAAAUGGGUCCUUCACCAGUAUCAACAGCGAGGGUGAAUUCAUUCCAGAAAGUAUGGAUCAGAUGCUGGAUCCAUUGUCAUUGAGCAGUCCUGAAAACUCUGGCUCGGGAAGCUGUCCCUCACUUGACAGCCCUUUAGAUGGAGACAACUAUCCAAAGUCUCGGAUGCCGAGAGCACAGAGCUAUCCAGAUAAUCAUCAGGAGUUCUCAGUAGAGUAUGACAUCCCAAUAUUUGAGAAAUUUGGAAAGGGGGGCACGUAUCCCCGAAGAUACCAUAUUUCAUAUCAUCAACAAGACUACAAUGAUGGUCGUAAAACUUUUCCAAGAGCCAGAAGGACUCAGGGGAACAGCUUCCGAUCUCCAGUUAGUUUCAGUCCCACUGAUCACUCACUGAGCACCAGUAGCGGAAGCAGCAUCUUUACACCAGAAUAUGAAGAUAACAGAAUGAGGAGAAGGGGAAGUGACAUAGACAAUCCUACCUUGUCAGUUAUGGACAUUAGCCCACCCAGUCGCUCACCACGAGCUCCAACUAACUGGAGACUUGGUAAACUGCUGGGUCAAGGUGCAUUCGGCAGAGUAUAUCUGUGUUAUGAUGCUGAUACUGGAAGAGAACUGGCUGUUAAACAAGUUCAGUUUGAUCCUGAUAGUCCAGAAACCAGCAAGGAAGUAAAUGCACUUGAAUGUGAGAUUCAGCUGCUGAAAAAUCUGCUGCAUGAAAGAAUUGUUCAGUAUUACGGCUUCUUGAGAGACCCACCAGAAAGAACACUCUCUAUAUUCAUGGAAUAUAUGCCUGGGGGUUCCAUCAAAGACCAACUGAAAUCAUAUGGAGCACUCACAGAGAACGUGACCCGUAAAUACACGCGGCAGAUUUUGGAAGGCGUUCACUACUUGCACAGUAAUAUGAUUGUCCAUCGAGAUAUUAAAGGAGCAAAUAUUCUGCGAGACUCAGCAGGCAAUGUGAAGCUUGGCGACUUUGGUGCCAGCAAACGACUGCAGACUAUCUGUCUCUCUGGUACGGGAAUGAAGUCUGUCACAGGAACUCCAUACUGGAUGAGUCCAGAAGUUAUUAGUGGAGAAGGGUACGGCAGAAAAGCAGACAUCUGGAGCGUAGGUUGUACAGUGGUAGAAAUGCUCACUGAGAAGCCCCCAUGGGCAGAGUUCGAAGCCAUGGCUGCCAUCUUUAAAAUUGCCACUCAGCCAACCAACCCCCAGCUACCACCUCAUGUCUCUGACCAUGCUCGGGAUUUCUUGAAAAGGAUUUUUAUCGAGGCCAAGCUGCGACCAUUUGCAGAUGAACUGCUAAGACACACAUUUGCACACUAUCACUAACAGCCUGCCUCAACUCAGCUUGCAUCUACUGCAUUUGUUUUCUAUUUGACUGCACUUUUAUUUUUAUUUUUUACAAAAGAAAAAAAAAAAGGAGAAAAAAGACAAGAGAGAGAAUAGUCUCUUGAAUCUUUGUUUCACUUAGACUGUAAACAAUCUAAAUUUUGUAUCUAAAACAAGAAUCUUCUGUCCCCUACUCCCACCAGGACUAGAACUUUUUGUUUCUAUAAUGUACUGAUGUGGUUCGUGUAGAUAAAGCACUUUAGUACAUAUGUGAUCCUUAUUUAAAGGGGGGGGGAAAGACAAAUGUUUGGACAGUCAGGAACUGUGUGACUUUUUCUGACACCGCUGACUGACUCAGGGUGCAGGGAAAACUAGAUGUGCAGCUAAAGGACAAGAAGGUUACUUCUCUGUGAUUCUUCUUUAUGUUGUAGGUACUCGUGGCAGAGAGUUCUAAGUUCUUACCCUAUUUCAGCAUUUUAAUGAGUUUCUGGAUUUUGCAGUUUAAGCUGGAACACAUAGUUCUGAGGGUUAAUAAAGAAGUGGGAAGAACUUGGAACUCUUUGUACAGCAGUAUGUCUAACUGGUACUUCUGUGUGACCAAAAGAAAAGAACAAAAAAUAACUCAACACUGAUGUUCUGAUCAGAGGGUUUGGUGUAGAGCUAUUGUAUUACCUUAAUAGGAAGACAGUUACAGGUAAACAGACUAUGGACCCAGGCUCCUAGGAACUCCUAUACUGCAAGGGCAAAGUUUCCGUGAUAGACAAGGGUCAGCUGCUGGAUGUAAAUAGUUACGAGACUGCCUCCUGCUGUAUCUGCCAAAGAGAACCUCUGUUGAUGGGCUUAGAGGGAGACGGUUAUCUUACAUACGAAAAAGUAGUGAUGUUGAGAGUCAGUUCUCCAGUCCUAUGAGUGGCUGGGGGGGGAAGGAGAGUGUGUAACCCUUCUGCAGUAUACAAGUGAGUUACUUCAGAAUGAGCUAUAAGAAAUAAUGUUUUCAAAGCUGUCGAGAGGCGCUAGGAUGGAAUGUAUAUCAACAUCAAGUGCCUGAAUAAUACACAAUUCUUCCCAUUAUGCACUGAAAAAAUGGUUAGUAACACAGCUCAGUUAUCUAGGAUGUGUUGAAAGUUCCUGAAAUAAACAUCUUUUAACACCAGAAUUAAAUCACUGAGAAAGAUAAGACUCCAUUUAUAUUUUAAAUAAGGUAGCGAAUGGUGAAUUCACAUGAACAAUGGGGCAGAGCACAAAAGAUUGUAUGAAGAAUAGGCCAAAAGCACAGAGAGCCAACAGUUAAAUAACAGGAGUGUGAUUACUCCAGCCUCAUAAUCCAGAUGACUGGUGUUGAUCAGAUUUCCAGCUGUGUCAAAAUGUAUGUUGAUCGCUUUUCCCAUUUCUGAAAGAGUAUAAUAAAAGAACAAAAGUAAAAGUCUGAAAUACUGCUGCUCAAUUGAGAAGUCCAGGUACUCAUCAGGUGUAGUGAAUAACUGACUUUUCCUAACACAAAAGUCAAACUCUCACAUUUCUGUAGAACACAACAUAAAUCAUUUAAAAGGGCAUUUGGAAAUGAACUAUUGGACUGCACAACUGAAAUAAUGUUUAAUAAUAAUAUACUGUUAAUAAUAAUAAUAAUAUACUGUUUGGGAUGAUUCACUGCUUGCUUGUUGUUUUGUAAAGGCAGAGCAGGCUGGUACUGUGAACCUUGUCCAUUGUGACAAGGCUCUUACCUGUUCUGCAUCUUUAGAGUGUCAGAAUUUUGAAGUGCAUAGAGCUAGAACAGUAAGCUCACCCAUUCCCAUGGUAGUUCACUUACAAGGUUUCUCAAUUUAUUCUGCUAACUUCCAAAUUAUGUAACAGAGUAUAAUCAGGAGUAUGGGUCUAUAGGAAUUAUUUCACCUGUAGUGGGGUAAAAGUGAUUUUAUUGUUUGGGGUUUUUCUUGCGGUCAUCUCUCCUGAGUUUGAGAGUGGUGGCUCCUUUGGUUUAUGUAUUUUGCCCUGUUUACAACUUUCUCAGUCAGGGUACAGAACUGCAAUGGUUUAUGAGCAUGGGAAGAACAAGUCAGACCAAGGAAAGUUUUAGGAGGCUGAAAGGAAGGUUAGCUUGUACUGAUUUCCACCCUCACCCCCC